AUGCCUAAUCAGUAUAAACCCCUUCAUGAAGAACUCCGGCCAUUGGUUGAGGACUAUUGGAGGAUGGGCUUGAAUGACCCGGUUAUUGCGGAUCAGGUUCGAGAUCAUAUUGACGAGGCGAAGUUUGGUUUCAGUGUAAAAUCUCUCAAGCGCAAGCGCAAAGACUGGGGAUUAGAGAGCACACGCCAACAAAAGCAGACCACAGAAACCAUCAGCGCGGCUAUUCAAGAUAUACGCCAGCGGUUUCCCAACAUGGGCGCUCGCACCAUGGUAAAUGUCUUGCGCCAGGACUAUGGCGACAUUCGUGUGCCUGAGCAAGUUGUAGCCAAGUAUCUUAAGGAGAAUGAGCCAGAAGCUGUCGAGUCUCGCAAACCCAAGCGCUGA